AUGGAAGUUCAGUCAGAAGGGUUCAGCAGAGGGAGGCCGAAUAUACAGUGCAUUUGUCAAAUCAUAACAGUUCAUGGAGUUCAGUCAAGAAGGGAGCAGUUCAGUGCAUUUGUCAAAUCACUUAACAGUUCAGGAAGUUCAGAAGGGGAGCAGGCCGAAUAUACAGUGCAUUUGUCAAAUCAUAACAGUUCAUGGAAGUUCAGUCAGAAGGGAGCAGAGGCCGAAUAUACAGUGCAGUUGUCAAAUCAUAACAGUUCAUGGAAGUUCAGUCAGAAGGGAGCAGAGGCCGAAUAUACAGUGCAUUUGUCAAAUCAUAACAGUUCAUGGAAGUUCAGUCAGAAGGGGCAGAGGCCGAAUAUACAGUGCAUUUGUCAAAUCAAACAGUUCAUGGAAGUUCAACAGUCAAAUCAUUCAUGGAAGUUCAGUCAGAAGGGAGCAGAGGCCGAAUAUACAGUGCAUUUGUCAAAUCAUAACAGUUCAUGGAAGUUCAGUCAGAAGGAGCAGAGGCCGAAUAUACAGUGCAUUUGUCAAAUAAUAACAGUUCAUGGAAGUUCAGUCAGAAGGGCAGAGGCCGAAUAUACAGUGCAUUUGUCAAAUCAUAACAGUUCAUGGAAGUUCAGUCAGAAGGGCAGAGGCCGAAUAUACAGUGCAUUUGUCAAAUCAUAA